AUGGCGUUAGAUCCCCUCAUCAAAGCCGCGUUCGGGUCACCGCCUGAAGGUAUUGACCUUACGGAGAACCAAGCCACCAAAAAUAAUGCUAUUGUUAUCAUCCUUCUCUCAAUUGCCACCUUUUCUGUUGCCGGCCGUCUGAUCGCCCGUGGCAAGUAUGGUCCGGCCUUAUUGUUCGUGGCCGCGACGGCCGGAAUGGUUAUAGCCAUCGGUCAAGCUGGGGCUGGUCGCCACGUUUGGGCCCUUAGCGUUGAUGAUCUCGUUCAGACUUCAAAGCUGCUAUAUAUCUAUAGCUUUGUUUUCUGCACCGCGGUGCUCACCACCAAGAUCUCGAUUCUCCUAUUCUACUGGCGUGUCUUCAUGGGAAACAUGCUCUCCUUUCGGUUUUCGAUUUGGACAGGUGCCUUUCUCGUCGGUUCAUACCCUGUCUACUUCAUGAUCACGAUGGGGGUCUGUUGUAGUCCUCUUUCACACUACUGGACUCAAUUCAAGGGCACUACCGGUACGUGUAUAAACGUCGGUCGCUUCUUCUUUAUCCUGGCCAUUAUCAAUCUCAUCACAGAUGUGAUACUUCUGGUCAUUCCUGUACCCGAGAUCCUCAAACUCCAAAUGAGAAAGGACAAGAAGAUUGCAGUUUGUGGCAUUCUCGGCUUAGGAGGCUUCGUCUGUAUCGCUAGUGCUGUUCGCGUCCACUACCUCAACGUCUUUUCGACGGCAACAGACGUAACAUGGAUGAUGGGUCCUGUAGCCAUAUGGUCAUCUGUUGAACCUUCUGUGGGCAUAUUUUCUGCUUGCCUUCCUAGUUUCAAACCAUUGCUCAGGGCUUUGCGAGGAAAACACGUGCACUCCAGCGGUUCGGAUGGCAAAGAUUCAGCUUACCCACUGGGUUCGAGAGGUGGACCUCGGAGUACGAAACCCAGAUUGAGGUUGGAUGACGAAGUUGCCUUACAGAGUCGGGCAAUUGGUGGCGGAGGUAGUGGAAGUGUACAUAGCGGAACUGACAGUGAAUUUGGAUGCCAUAUCCAUGUACGGCUGACCAGUCAAGACUCGCGAGACCAAGUCAGCUGUGACCAAAACUCUGAUAUGGUCAACACGUCACUGCCUUACUAA